AUGGCCGGAUCGGUCGAGACAGCAUCAGUUCGGUCGCUGGGUCUGUUGAUCCUGUUUCUCCUCGUCGCCCUCACAACCACAUCGGCUCAGCUCGCAUCCACCGGCUUCUCCGUGAUACUCAACGAUGUCUAUUACUUUGUUUCGCCCUUCUCAACAGGCAAAGUCAAUGUUCCCACGGGCUCGCUUUCCAAAGUCACUCAGGUGAUUGGAUUCAUACCGGUGACUGUCGUCCAAGACCGCGUAUCUAGUUCAAAUCUCCCAAACCUCUUGGGGAACUGGACCACUAUCGACGAUGUUUAUCAACCAGCCUUCUCCGAGGCCAUCUUCUUGGCCGGCGCUGGGGGUGGAAAGGGGGCUAGGGAUGUGACAGUGACGAAGAGACAAAUCUUGCCCGGGCUUUCGUCCACCGUGAUUGACUUCGAGGACUCCAAUAUCCCGUCCGGGCCCUACUUCCUCGAGGCCGCCACCGGUUCGCUGUACCCGAUCUACCGCCUGUACGAGGAUUUCGCGGGGGCGUUUACCGAGCCCCUGAUCCCAACCCCCGACGGCGGGUUCCAGCCUAUGUCGGCCAAAAUACCAGGCUCAUCUACCCUCUCCGUCGGCGUCCCGUCCCGGUUGUAUUUCACGAAAACGGCCGAGAAGCCACUGGCCGGAGUCCGUCUCGGGGUCAAGGAUAUAUACAGGCUUGCCGGUGUGAAAGGGUCCAACGGUAACAGAGCCUGGUACAACCUCUACCCGCCAAGCAAUGUCACCGGGCCAGCCGUCCAAAGGCUCAUCGAUGCGGGGGCGCAAAUUGUCGGCCUUCAGAAGACUUCUCAGUUUGCCAACGGAGAGUUUGCGACAGCCGACUGGGUCGACUACCACGCUCCCUUCAACCCGCGCGGCGAUGGCUACGAGGACGCGGGCUCGUCUUCCUCCGGGGCGGGUGCGUCUAUUUCUUCGUACGAGUGGCUCGACAUUGCCAUCGGUAGCGAUACAGGCGGCAGCAUCCGCGGGCCAGCCGGCAUUCAGGGGCUAUUCGGCAACCGUCCUUCCCACGGCCUAGUCUCACUCGACCACGUCAUGCCCCUUGCGCCAACCUUGGACACUCCCGGCUUCAUAGUGCGUGACCCGUACAUCUGGGAUGCGGCCAAUGCAGCCAUGUACGGCAAGAAGUACACCUCCUUCGCCCGCGAAAAGCCCCAGUACCCCAAGCAAAUCUAUACCCUCGGCUUCCCACCCGACCCCAGCUCCGACCCAGCCGUGAAGCUCCUCCAGGACUUUGCCGACGCGCUCGCCAAGUUCGUAAGCGGGACUGCCAGCCCACUGGACCCCGAAAUCAAAUGGGCCGGCACUCGGCCCGCCAGCGUAGGCAACGCAACUCUCAGCGAGCUCCUCAACACCACGUACGCCACCAUCAUCACCAAAGAGCAAACCGCCCUCCUCCGCGACCCCUUCUACUGCGACUACGCCGCCGCGCACGCCAACCGCCUCCCCUUCAUAAACCCCACCCCCCUCAUCCGCUGGGCCUACGGCGACGCCCUCCCCCCCAGCGCCCUCACCACCGCCCUGGCCGCCCAAACCCUCUUCGCCACCUGGCUGACCACCCACCUCCUCCCCUCCACCCCCAACAACAACAACAACAACAACAACAACAACAACAACAACAACAACAACAACAACAACAACAACAACACCACCACCACCCAAACCUGCAACACCGCCUCCCCCCUCCUCCUCUACCCCGCCAGCACCGGCCUCUCCCUGCCACGCAACCUCUACGAGGGCCCCCCCGUCGUGCCCAUCGGCUUCGCCGCCCCGCACAUCAGCUCCUUUGCCGGCGUGCCCGAUUUCGUGUUCCCGCUGGGCGAGGUCGGGGUGAUGAGCACUGUGACGGGGCAGGAGGAGCGGCUGCCGGUGGCGGUCAGCGUGCUGGCGGCGCGUGGGUGUGACGGGUUGCUGGCAAGGCUGGCGCAGGAGCUGGUGGAGGGGGGCGUGUUGAGGGUGCCGAGGGUCGGGGCGAGUGUGAUGGAGGGGGGGGAGGUGUUGAUGCGGAGGUGGAUGGGCGGUUGGGAGGGAGGGCAGUGA